UAAAAGUCACGUCGUAAAAAUACAAGUUACUAUUGUAUAGCCCCAACACAACGGGAGACUUUCACCAUAUAUCCAGGUGUUUAUGGAGCUACUGCCAUAAAAAUUUAAGUUUGAGCGGUUACCCGCUGUUAUUCUCCAGCUAAAAUUUUCAUUUUUUAAACAUUCCUCUAGGAUAUUUAUACGACCAUGGCAUGGAGCUCAAUGGCACGGCAAGCUAUGUUAUUCUGGUGAUGAUUUCAGUUCGUUUUCUACCGUCGCCCAGUUAACGUUGCGUUAUUUAAACAGACAAACCAAGAAUGUAUCAAGUAUAUAUCCUACUAGUGACAUUUGGUCAUAUGACUUUCACAUCUAUUUUUGUGGAUGCACUUACUCUCCAUACAACAUACGAGGGAAUAGAGGAUGGGUAUGUUAAAGUCUUCGAUGGGGAUACCAAUACCAUUAAUGUUCAGAUCAGCCAAAUGCAUUCGUGGAGUAAUUUAACAAUAGAGCUAAAGAGCUCUAACGAAGAUGUCUUCCAGGUUGAACCUGAGCUACAGCAUUUGGAUAUAGAGGAAUUGGAGACAGUAUCUUUAAAUGCUACAAUCAUCGGUGUGUUUAUCGGGGUGGAAAUCUUGCAUAUCAGGAUCAUCAACGACUCGAGUGCAACAGAAUCUACAGAGGUUAUAAAGGUCUUUCGAGUUCCAUCAUUGCUUAACUUUGUCUUCACAUAUUUCCUCUUGAUAUGGUUAAUAGUGUCUUACGUCACUAUGGGUACUAAGCUUGAUUUAAAACUGAUCUGGGAGAAUGUUCGCCGCCCUGUUGGAGUCACCAUCGGCAUGUUCUGUCAAUUUAUUGUCAUGCCACUCUUGGCAUUUUGCCUAGCUGUGACCUUAUCUGAUAGUCGACAAUCGGCCAUAGGGUUGAUAGUCGAGGGCUCCAGCCCCGGUGGAUGGUAUAGUAACAUUUUUACUUUACUUCUGGACUGUGACUUUGUUCUAAGUUUAACAAUGACGUUCUGUUCCACGAUUGCUGCAUUAGGUUUUAUGCCUUUGAAUAUGUUUAUUUACGCAAACAAAUUCAUCGAAGAUGACGAAGCUUUGAAAACGCCGUUUGUGCAAAUGGUUCAACAGUUUGCUCUGAUGCUUGUGCCAGUAUUGGUCGGGAUAUUCAUCCGAUACAAACUCUCAAAGCUAAAAGACAUAUGUCUACUUCUUUUAAAGCCCUUCGCAUGGAUUCUUAUUGUCGUAAGCUUAGCUCUCGGUGUACCAUCCAACAUAUACAUAUUCCAAGGUUCGUGGCAGAUUUGGGUUUUAUGCGCCUUCUAUCCAUUCAUCGGCGGGCUGCUAGGUUUUUUCUUUGCGACUAUCACGCGAAGGAAAUGUCCUCAAGCGGUCACUAUUGCUCUGGAAACUGGAGUACAAAACAGUGUUCUGGCGACUAUUGUUAUCAGGCUAGCGUAUCCUCAACCAGAAGCUGAUAUUAUCUCCAGAAUCCCUCUCUUGAUAUCGCUCACUACUCUCAUCGAAGGGUGCAGUAUGGUGCUGGUCUAUAUCACUUAUCAGCGGCUUUGUAAAAAGAAAUACACUGCAGUACAAGAGGUCGACCCUGCAAAUGCAGGUAAUGAAUCCAUUGAUGGUCAGACAGACACCGAGAUACGGCUUGAUGAGAACAAUGCGUCCUAAAUACUACUCGUACAUAUCAUAGACUAGGGCGGAUCCAGAGAUGGCCGAAAGUGGGUGAGGGGGCCAGAGACAACACUACCCUAGACGUCUAGAAAUAAUCUCUGAGGUGUUUUGGGCGAUCAAUUAUUUCUUUUUCUUUCUGUCUUUUUUAACUUCGCAUUAGGGAGGGGCGCCCCUCCCCUAAAUUCUCCCCUGAUAGAAGUUUAAAUUCAGUUCAGACGUUGCACGCGCUGUAUAGGUUUAAAGCCGCCAAUAUAUAACAAGUGUGCAUUACAUCCGUACAAUCGAAAUUAGUACCGUAGUGUGCAGAAAACUACUUCGAUACUGAUCUUUCGGGACGAUAUCAGUUAUUGAAUUUCGCAGAUUCUAUGCUUUGACGAGUUCAAAAUUUUCACUGACCACUAAAUAUUACAUCUUAAUAAUUAUA